AUGCUGCCACCGUUGAAAUUAAAACCAGGGGCAACUCACUGUGCUAAGGCCAACCACCAAGCCCCUACAGUUUUGCCCAACAUCAGCAAGAAGGACCAGCUAAACGACAUUCAAAUCCAGCACAAGCCUUAUGCUAUUCAUGAUCAUAUCACGUACCGCUAUGAGGUGCUAGAAGUGAUUGGAGGAGGCACUUAUGGACAGGUUUAUAAGUGUCUAGAUCACAAGACCAAGGAGAUGGUUGCUGUUAAAGUCCUUCGCUUUGACAGUUCUAUCACGACUGAACUGAAGAUACUGAAUUUCUUGAGAAAGAAGGACAAAGACAACUGCCACAACAUCAUCCAAAUGAAGGAAUACUUUCAAUUCCGUAACCAGCUCUGCAUCGUCUUUGAGCUUCUGGGGCCUAACCUGUAUGACUUCAUGAAGAAGAAUAACUUUAAGGGUUUCGGCUUAGCUCAGGUUCACAAAAUUGCUAAAGAACUGCUUAAGUGCAUGAAUAUUUUGGAACAAGAGAAGAUCAUCCACUCUGAUCUUAAACCUGAGAACAUCGUACUGGAGCCAAAAAAACGAAAUGGCAUCAAAGUAAUUGAUUUUGGAUUAAGCUGCUUCGAACAUCUGCAAGAGGUCCCAUGUGUCGGGACUCGAACCUACUGCGCCCCAGAAGUGAUUGUGCGCAAGCGCUGCACGACUGCUAUUGACAUGUGGAGUCUCGCUUGCAUCUUGUUCGAGUUGUACACUGGCCAGCCUCUCUUUUAUGGAGAGGAUGAGGGGGACCAAAUGGCCUGCAUAAUGGAGGUUCUCGGAAAUCCUCCAGCUGACUACAACUCUUCAAGAACGGAAUUGUUCUUUGACUCUAUGGGACGACCCAUCAGGAGAACAGACCUUAGUGGCAGACCAAGAGUUCCUGGCUCCCGAAAUCUGGCCAACAUGUUCCGUAGAAAUGAUGGGCUGUUCGUAGACUUUAUUAAACGUUGCCUGACUUGGGACCCGAAGAUGCGUCUCACUGCAAAGGAGGCUUUGCAGCAUGAGUGGAUUCGGAAGGGCCCUUAUUAAACCCGGGCCAUGACGUUUUGAGCAAGUCAACAACAGCACUGGGUCUCGGCAGGUCCUGUUUCACCAGGAAACCCUGAUGCAAGACAGGAAUACUCUGGACAGGACACCAAUCCAGGCUUGACAGAUAAGAUCCUUUUAUAAAAGAUCAGUGGUUUGUUUGUAUGUUUUACCUUUUUCCCUCCUAAUAGGUGGGACCCUAUAAUGCAUCUCACCAUAGAGGAGGCUUUGUAGGAUGAAUGGAUGCAGAUCUAUCCACAUCGUUAGCUUUUUGGACCUGACCGAGCAGAUGUGGGAACGUUAAGAUCCAUCUCACCAAACUUAGCUGUACAUAACCAGUGGAAAGCACUAAAUCAAAUGCCAGUAAAAAAACAAGGCCAACGAGUUUACACAUCGUUAAUCAUCGCACAUCGCACUUCUCUGGAACACAGAAGUGUCAACUCUACAGAGGAAAUUGCAGCAGAGAACCACAGGCUAUACAAUCUUUCAUCUGGAGGAAUCAACACAGAGGACCUGGAAUAAAAUCCAGAUGUAACAUACACAGUUAAAGUUUUGUGUGCAAAAAAAUGAAUAAUAAAGUAAGAAUA